ACAAACUUUGCUGUAAAAAAUGUUUGGUUUCUUUCCUUUAAUUUUAUCAGCUUUCUUGCUUGGACUAGGAUUCUAUUUACUACUACAAGUACUUGCAAGAAAGAAGCCUGCAAAUUUACCCCGUGGAAGUAUGGGGUGGCCUUUGUUUGGGGAGACUCUUGGUUUCCUUAAGCCUCACAGCUCAAACUCCAUGGGAAGUUUUCUGCAAGAACAUUGCUCAAGGUAUGGGAGAGUGUUCAAAUCUCAUCUAUUUGGCUCCCCAACUAUAGUUUCCUGCGACCAUGAACUUAACAUGGUUGUUCUUCAAAAUGAAGAGAAGUUAUUUAAGGUGAGCUACCCCAGGGCCAUGCACGGCAUUCUUGGCAAAUUCUCUUUGCUUAUUGUUUCUGGGGAUGUUCAUAAGAAGCUGCGAAAUAUUGGCGUCAGUUUCAUCACUUCCUCGAAAUCGAACCCGGAGUUCCUUGACUGUGUGGAAAAGAUGACUAUCUCAAUGAUGAAUUCAUGGAAAAAUUGCAAGGAAAUUGGCUUCUAUAAAGAAGUUAAAAAGUUCACACUCAAUCUUAUGGUGAAGCAUCUUUUAAGUAUUGAACCAGAAGAGCCACUAACCUUCAAGAUCCUGGAAGAUUUUCUAACUUACAUGAAAGGCUUCGUGUCUUUGCCAGUUUACCUCCCUGGUACACCUUAUGCCAGUGCAGUGAAGGCUAGGGCAAGGCUUUCUGCAACUGUUAGGGAGAUCAUAAAAGAAAGGAGAAAGGAGCAGUUGGGGCUUGUUAAAGGAGAUUUCUUGGAUGCAAUUUUGUCGAAAGAGAAUCUAAGUGAUGAGAAAACAGUAAGCAUUGUCUUGGACAUGUUGCUUGCUGGUUAUGAAACAACUGCAACACUCAUGGCCUUGAUUGUCUACUUUCUUUCUCUUUAUCCAAAUGUUUUAGCACAUUUAAAGCAAGAACAUAAUGCAAUAAGGAAAAACAAAGAAAAUGGUGAAUCCUUGAAUUGGGAAGAUUACCAGAAAAUGGAAUUCACUUGCAAUGUUAUUUACGAAUCGCUGAGAUGUGGAAAUGUAGUCAAAUUUGUGCACCGGGUUGCUCUUCAAGAUGUCAAAUUUAAAGGAUAUUUCAUUCCCUCGGGAUGGAAGAUACUUCCAGUGUUGACUGCAGUUCACUUUGAUCCAUCUCUUCACGAAAAUCCUAUGGAGUUUAACCCUUGGAGAUGGACUGAUAAAGCAACAAGCAAAAAAGUGAUGCCAUUUGGUGGUGGUCCUCGGUUAUGUCCCGGGGCUGACCUUGCUAAAGUAGAAAUUGCUUUCUUCCUUCAUCAUCUUGUCCUCAAUUAUAGGUGGAAAACAAUGGCAGAUGAUUCCCCUCUUGCAUACCCUUAUGUGGAGUUCAGGAGAGGCCUACUUUUGGAGAUUGAGCCAAUACAAGCCAAGGCUGGAAAGAUAGAAACCUGACAUGUAGUAUUUAAGUAUACAUACACAGUAGCGUUUGAGCUAUAAAACUAUAUAUGAUUUGGUUGUUUCCAUUGAAAGACUGGUAAAUUUCAGAUGUAAAGUUCAGGGGUAUGGAAAAAGCCUUUGUCAUGUAGGAAUUAAUGCAAUUGGUUUCUUAUCUUGUUAAUA